AUGGAUGUGUGUGGGCCCAGCCCACCCCCCACGGUGCUGGACCAGACUAACGGACACCGGUCUGGUUCCUCAGACUCCACCACCAAAACCACUUCAACCACGGUAGAGAAUGGACAGGCGGGGAGUAACAUGCACAAAUACAGGCACGCUGGCUUGCCCGUCGGUACACUGAUCUCGACAUCCGUUUGUGCAACAAGAUCUUCGCCCUCUGUUGUCAGGGAUCUGAUCGGUGUCCAAAUCAACGCCAGCGAAGCCAACACGUUACUGACCCGACCCGGCAGCAUGACCUCCAAGCCGCUAGACCUGUCACUAGAGGGAGCCAUGCUCAUGGAGACCCAUUCCCUGCUGGGUGCUAGUAUCAGCACGGGACACGGGGUACCAAACAGCAGCUCCGAGUCCGUUGACGACACUACCGGUAUCACUCAUCCAUUCAACACCUCCGCCCACCAAGACAGCUCAGCCACGCCCCUCUCCAACCCCCAGCAGUCCCAGUACACCCCCAUGUUUGCCAUAAACGGCACGGAGGCAACCCCCUUUGUGGCCGUGACUGUCCCCCUGGAGAGCAACCUGCGCUCGGGCGAGUCGACCUCUUUACCUCACCGCAACGUCUGCAAGUGGAACAACUGUGGCCAGAAGUUUAUGGAGAUGGAGGAGCUGGUCAACCACGUCAACGAGAGGCAUGUGGUGCUGAUGGAGGGAGAGUACUCCUGCAAAUGGGAAGGGUGCAGUCGAAAGGGCAAAGGUUUUAAUGCAAGAUACAAGAUGUUAAUCCACGUCAGAACACACACAAAUGAGAAGCCACAUCAGUGUCCAAUAUGCAGGAAGUGCUUCUCACGACUGGAGAACCUGAAGAUACACAACAGAUCACACACAGGUGAAAGACCCUAUGUAUGUCCAGUAGCAGGCUGCAACAAACGUUACUCCAACUCCAGCGACCGCUUCAAGCACACGCGCACUCACCUCGAAGAGAAGCCUUACUUCUGCAAAGUGGCCGGCUGCGACAAGCGCUACACGGACCCCAGCUCCUUACGCAAACACGUCAAGACGUUCGGCCACUAUGCAAACCGCGACCAUCUCAACCACUACAUCUCCCAGAAGCCCCUGAGUGUUACUGGGGCUUCCAGUAAGCCCACCAACCACGUCUCACCAGCCAAACCCGCGCCAGUGUCGAUCUUCCCGGCAGUUACCACCGUGCCGCCGACUAGCAACAUAACCGGACUUCCCGAAGGGGUGAUCGUCUACCCGAUUCUGGUGCACUCUCCCUCGCUCCAGCCCCACUACAGUUACGUCACGCUUCCGGGACACCUCUCUAACCUAUCCGGGAACAACUCGGGGACAUUCUCCGUCGCGGGAAUGCAAAAUAACGACGUCUCCAGAGAGGUCAAGAAGGAGGACGAGUUCAGCCUGAACCAAGACGUCCUCAAUCAGAGAAGUGUGGGGAUGCAAGCCAAGAGCCAAGGGGUGGCCAGUAGUUAGUUUGUUAAACUUCCGGAACUUCAGCUUAAGUAUGUCAUACAGCUCAGUUGAGUGGGACUCGAGGCCACGAGCCAAACAAUCUCAAUUUUGUUGCUGAUGAGUGUCACUACACAUCACUGCAUUACACAUUUUAUGGAAGAAAUGCCAUUGUGAUAUGCCUGCUCAUAUGAUAUUACUGUUUUCUACUGGGCACCACCACAUAUGUAGCAGUGCCACUCUGAAAUUGCUGAUGUUUAGACCCCUGCUUUGUACACAUGUAUUCAUCAGUAUUCAAGAUGUCUUGACUGCUAGUGCACAAAGCUGGUAGACUCAACAGGUGCAUGUCACCUGUUUUUUUUUUUUUUUGCAGUGUAGGUCUGCCAAAGCAAGGUUUGUAUUCAUCGAUGUUAACAACAACAACAAAAGGAAACAUUGUGUAUACCGGCACAGACAACAAAGGUACAAAGCGGCUUCAUCAGAACCUUUGCCAGUGGUGGAGUUGGACCAUAAAAUUGCAGAUGGCCCUAGAUUUAGAGAGCAGGAGUUUGGGGAGGGCUGGACAUUAUCUGACAUCAGAGGUGUUGUUCAAGGUAGCCAAGGCUGGUCACCAGUUGACACCGAUGGUGCUAUAUUUUGGUGGCCUCUAGCUAUUUUACCAACAGUGACAUGCCUUUGACAAUUUGGUGUUUGGGUGGGGGGAUGUUAAACAUCCCCCCCCCCCAGAAAUGACUCCGUCUGUUCACAUAUAUUAUUUCAGUUUAACCAGUUUGACGUUUUGUGGCACUCAAAUUUCACAGUGUUGAACACAGUGUCGAAAUAUGUUGGUUUCAUUAAGAAACCUUCCCAGGAUUUACAGCUGUGUAAAUAAUAAAACCAUUUCAUAAAUUGUAUUCAUUUCAUCGCUUCGGUCCUUUUUUCCGAGCCUAACAUUUCCUGUUUUUUUUUUAACUUGUACUAUAUACACUGUACGUACCAAACUUUUGAAGUGUCUUUUGUAUCUGCAGGUUUUUUUCUGAACCAACAAAGCUACACUAUUUUCUCAUGUUAAAAAAUGACUUGUACAUAAAAUUAUUAUGCACUAUUAUAAAAAAAAAGUGAGUACUGUUACCAAAUAGAUCAGUAUUAAAGUACUCUAUUUUAGCUAAGUUCAAAAGAAAUUAUAUGCACAUGUAUGUAAAUAACAAGAACUGUAGUUGGUUCAUAUGCCCUAUAGUGCCUUUACAAUCAAAGUAAUAAUUGUAAAAACAGGCUUAGAAAAUUGAAUAAUUGAUGAAGAAAUUAUUGUACUUUACUGCAAGACUUACUGGACAGGAGAAAAGAAAGUUUGAAUCAAGAAGUUACAAUGCAAGAACACAGAAAGCUGUGUGCUUUAUUGUUCUUUAUAUUCACACUGGCACAGAAAUGUUAACAGAAAUAAUAACAGAAAUGUUAACAGAAAUGUUAACAGAAAUGUUAACAGAAAUGUUAACAGAAAUGUUAACAGAAAUUUUAACAGAAAUCUUAACAGAAAUUUUAACAAAUUUUAACAGAAAUUUUAACAGAAAUGUUAACAGAAAUGUUAACAGCUUUGAGUCCUAUGGAUUUCAAUAUACAUGUAUUGGAAUUCGUUGGAAUUUCCAUUGAAAUCUUUGAAAUUGAAGAUAUGGCUGAUUAGUAAUAGAUUGAUGUUGGAAACAUUAAUCCGACUUUGGUUUUUUACCUGUUUUAUUUUGAUUGUUUUUUUUUGUUUUUUCCAUUUGAAAAAGACUGAAAAAUCGAAAUGUUUGAUGCUUUUGGUUUUGGUUGUUGCAGUGUUUGUGUGUUUUUUCAACGCCUGUUUCUCAAACGAAACUCUCUUGGUGAAAUUAGACAAUGAAACAUGCGUAGCAAUGCAACAAAAUCUUCUAGAAAGUGUCGGUGAUAUGCAUUAUGAAAGCUUAUUUCAUGUCAUUUUUGUCACAACUGACUACAUUUUUUUCAGAGCAGAUCACAGAUACAAAAUAUGAGACAUGUUGCUAAAUUUAAAGUGAUCAGAUUCACGCUUCUGGUGUUAUUAGACUCUUCGGCUGCACUGAGAUGAUGUAUUGGCGCUGAAUACUGCCUGCAGAUUGCAGAAUUCAAAUUAGUACUUUUGCAUUAUUACUUGAUGUCAUUCUCCAAAAAAAAGAGAGAAGUUGCCACUAUAGAGGGAUUGCAUUCAGCAGCCAUCUUGGAGCUGUGUUUUGUUUUGUUGAUUCUUUAACAAUGAAUGCACAAGAGGUCUACUCAUGCGUAUCCCUGUUGAACAGAAACACACACCUCAAAGAUGGCUCCAGUGCAAACGGUCUAUUUGUAGCCAAAGAGUUUACCAACAUAUGAGAAAAAUCGCAAUUGGCUUGGUCAAGUUUUUUUUAUUUUAGACCCCAAUUUCAUAGGAGCUGUUGAGCAGAGGUUUGUAACUAAGCUAAAAUCUGCAGGGAACCAGUUACAAGCAGUACAUGUCAUAUGGUGUUUUGGCUGGUAACCAUUUAAAGCUAAGCAAAACUUGUCUUAAGCGGGUUCACUAAAACUGGCCCCGUGUUCCACAUAAUCUUAUGUAGUAUAGUAAUAAUUAUACUGUAUUAGUCCAGCAUAGAUCAUCCAAAAUAUUUAUCUU